AUGUUGCUGCUUAACUGCUGCGUCGCCGCGCCUGCCGAGCCUGCAGUGUCUGUACACCCCGACGUGCUGCAGCAGCGCGGCAUCCCUGUGCAGCAGCAGCAGCAGCAACAGCAGCAGCAGCAGCGGCAGCAGCAGCAGCGACAGCAGCAGCAGCAGCGCCUGCAGCUACUGCCAGGAGCCCCUAGGGCAUCUCUGCUUGACUGCAUGCAGACGAGUGCAGCUCGGGGGGCCAGAAGUGCCCUUGGGCUGUUUUGCCCCAAUCUGAUUUUGCCUAUAGGGCCACAGGGGCAUGUGCAGCAGCAGCUGCAGCAGAUGGGCCCUAGGGGCGCUGCUGCUGCUGCUGCUGCUGCAGGGCUGCAGACAGGGAUGAGUCGGAGCUGCAGCCUCUUAGCAGCAGCAGGAAACUGA